AUUGUCUGUACUGCCAAUUCCAGGGGAUCCAACAAACCUUUUCAGGGAUUUGCGAGUGCCAGGCAUGCACAAGGUGAGCACAAGCCUGGGAGAUGGCAGUGAUGGAAGCGGCCUGCCCAGGCACUCCUGGCUCAGCAGUUGGGCAACAGAAGGAACUCGCCAAAGCCAAGGAGAAGACACAGUCGCUGGGGAAGAAGCCGAGCUGUGUCUACAAGCUUGAGGCUGUGGAGAAGAGCCCCAUGUUCUGUGGGAAGUGGGAGAUCCUGAACGACGUGAUUACCAAAGGCACAGCCAAGGAAGGUUCCGAGGGUGGCCCACCCGCCAUCUCCAUCAUUGCCCAGGCUGAAUGUGAGAACAGCCAGGAGUUCAGCCCCACCUUUUCGGAGCGCAUUUUCAUCGCAGGGUCACAGCGGUACAGCCAGUCUGAGAGCCUUGACCAAAUCCCCAACAAUGUGGCCCACGCAACUGAAGGCAAAAUGGCCCGUGUGUGCCGGAAGGGAAAGCGUCGCAGCAAAGCCCGGAAAAAACGUAAGAAGAGGAGGUCGAAGUCACAGGUCCAGGCAGGAGUGGCCUUAGCCAAGCCCCUGCCCCGAACUCCUGAGCAAGAGAGCUGCACCGUCCCUGUGCAGGAAGAUGAGUCUCCACUAGGCACCCUCUAUGCCAGAAAUGUCUCCCAGUUCACCAAGCCUCUGAAGGAAGCAGACCUCGGGCACCUGUGCUGUAAAAAGCAGGGUGAAGGCCUGCGACCGGUGCUGCCCCGACCUGAGCUCCACAAACUGAUCAGCCCCUUGCAAUGUCUAAACCAUGUGUGGAAACUCCACCACCCGCAGGCCGUAGGCCCCCCGCCCCAUCCUACUCACCCUUUCCCCUACAACAGACUGCCCCAUCCUUUCCCAUUCCACCCUCUGGAGCCCUGGAGACCCUAUCCGCUGGAAUCCCUCUUCCUGGACAAACUAGCCAGUGUAAGUGGCCAGCAGCCCCUGCCCAGCCCACACCUAAGCAAACUGGCCUAUGGAGACACUCAGAAGCCCCUGCCCAGCCCACACCUGGAGUCCAGCUAUCCAUCUCGAGGUGCCCAAGAAAAGGCUCCUGUGGAGGAGUACCUGGUCCAUGCACUACAAGGCAGUGUGAGCUCAGGCCAAGCCAACAGCCUGGCCAGCCUGGCUAAGACAUGGUCAUCAGGGAGCUCCAAGCCUCAGAGGCUCAGCCCUGAAACUGAGGACAACGAGGGUGUCCUGCUUACCGAGAAACUCAAACCAGUGGAUUAUGAGUACCGAGAAGAGGUCCACUGGGUGACACACCAGCCCCGUUUGGGCAGAGGCUCCUUCGGUGAGGUUCACAGAAUGAAGGACAAGCAGACCGGCUUCCAGUGUGCUGUCAAAAAGGUUCGACUUGAGGUGUUUCGGGCAGAGGAGCUAACGGCCUGUGCUGGACUGACAUCACCCAGAAUUGUACCUCUCUAUGGAGCUGUGAGAGACGGCCCUUGGGUCAACAUCUUCAUGGAACUGCUAGAAGGUGGUUCGCUAGGCCAGCUCAUAAAGCAGAAGGGCUGUCUGCCGGAAGACCGGGCACUCUACUACUUGGGCCAGGCCCUGGAAGGGCUGGAAUACCUCCAUAUACGAAGGAUCCUUCAUGGCGAUGUCAAAGCUGACAAUGUGCUCCUAUCCAGUGACGGGAGCCGAGCUGCCCUCUGCGACUUUGGCCACGCUUUGUGCUUACAACCUGACGGCCUCGGAAAGUCCUUGCUCACGGGGGACUACAUUCCUGGUACAGAGACACACAUGGCCCCAGAAGUGGUGAUGGGGAAGCCCUGCGAUGCCAAGGUGGACAUCUGGAGCAGCUGUUGCAUGAUGCUGCACAUGCUCAAUGGUCGCCACCCCUGGACUCAGUACUUCCGAGGCCCACUCUGUCUCAAGAUUGCCAGCGAGCCUCCACCUCUGAGGGAGAUUCCGCCUUCCUGUGCACCCCUCACAGCCCAGGCCAUCCAAGAGGGGCUGAAGAAAGAGCCUGUCGACCGAGCGUCUGCCGUGGAGCUUCGGGGGAAGGUGGGCCAGGCAUUACAGCAAGUGGGAGGUCUGAAAAGCCCUUGGAAAGGGGAAUAUAAGGAACCAAGACCUCCACCUCCAGACCAAGCCACCUGUCACCAGACCCUACACACCCCACCGAGGGAGAGCCCACCAGCCAAGGCCAGCACAGACGGGGCCUCUGAGCCUCGGCCUCCUCUGCCUCCAGAACCACCAGAACAGAGCAGAGCUCCAGCCCUGAACCUCAGCAAGGAGGAGUCUGGCACAUGGGAACCCUUGCCUCUGUCCUCCCUGGACCCAGCCCCUGCCAAGGGCUCCAGCUUCCCAGACCGGAGGGCAACCUUCCCAGAGCAGGAGCUGCAACAGCUGGAGAUGGAACUGUUUCUCAACAGCCUGUCGCAGCCCUUCUCCCUGGAGGAACAGGAACAGAUUCUCUCUUGCCUCAGCAUCGACAGCCGCUCGCUGUCAGAAGACAGUGAAAAGAACCCAUCAAAGGCCUCUCAGAACUCGCGUGACACCCUAAGUUCUGGCGUGCAUUCGUGGAGCAGUCAGGCAGAGGCAAGAAGUUCCAGCUGCAACAUGGUGCUGGCCCGGGGGCGGCCCACGGACACCCCAAGCUACUUCAAUGGUGUCAAGGUUCAAAUACAGACUCUCAAUGGCGAACACCUGCACAUCCGAGAAUUCCACCGGGUCAAGGUGGGAGACAUUGCAACUGGCAUCAGCAGCCAGAUCCCAGCCACAGCCUUCAGCUUGGUGACCAAAGAUGGACAGCCUGUUCGCUAUGACAUGGAGGUGCCCGACUCAGGCAUUGACCUGCGGUGCACCCUGGCCCUUGAUGGCAGCUUCGCCUGGAGCUGGAGGGUCAAGCAUGGACAGCUGGAGAACCAGCCGUAGCCUUGUCUUCCAUCACCAGCUCCAUUCUGCCCACAGCAGGCUUCCUUUGAAUCUCAGUACUCAGUGCUCUGAGAUGCUGGCUGAGUCUGCUCAGGGAGAUCUGCCAGCCCCUGGGUUAGCAGUGAGACCAAGGCUUGCAGCAGCAACCAGAGCAGGUAAAGCGCCUCCCAGGAUUUGCCUCCUGAGUGCUGCUGGCCUCUGACAGGAGAAACCCUUCACUCAUGAGGAGACAAGGAAGAAGACGGGUCUCAGCCCCCAGGAAGAGAGCCAGUGCUCUCUGUGAUGCUCCAAACGAGACCCUCAUGGAUCAGCCAGCACCUGCCAGCAGUUGGGGUGCAGCUUCUAGCCUGAUCAAGAAGAACAAGUACCUAGGAAGGUAGAUCUGGGUUCCCGCCUGCCUCAUUAGGGCAAGGCCGCAGGUGUACCUGCCCAGGGGCUCGUGGAGCUUUCAAGACCUUGUCUGGCCUCCUUGGCCAUUAACUAGUGUGAGACAGAGCAGGCAGGAAGGAUGCUAGCACCUUGGUAGAAUGCACCACACCUUUGGGUUAUUGUAGUCCAGGUCCUGGGUUGAGCUCCUUGUUCAACCAAGGACCAUAGAAGGUAUCAAAGAGAAGCGAGUCUCAGGCCUCAGGUUUGUGGCUGCUGGGCACCACUCGUCCUCGGAGCAUCAGGCCUCACUGAGGCCUGCCCUUUGGCUAGCUGGCACCCUAGACCCUCAUCUAUGGAACUGAAGGAUGACGUGAGACCUGACAGGAAUGGUCUUCAAAUGACAGAUGCUAAAGAAAGCCACAGAUGCAGGACUUGCCAUCCGCCAAGGCACAUAGACAAUACCCGGCACGCCAGCUUCAUGGUGACAAGACACUGUCGGCAGCACUUUGCACUCUGAUGACCUCAAAGCACUUUUCUGGCUGCCUUCCAGCAGAGCAUUGGCUCUGCAUGGGCACAAGCAGGCCAGGGGAUGGGGAAGGGACUGUCUUGCCCCAUCAUCCACACAGGCUUGACUGCCUCAAGCCUCCUUCAGAUUUAAGAUGAGCAUCUCACCCCCAUUGCCCUAGCCAGGCUUUUCCUGGUCAGGCUUGGACUCAUGUAGCAUUAAGUUAACUGUGAAUCAUUGUGGGGAGGGGCACAGAGACCCCCCCUUCUGGAGAAGCUCAUCCUCCCACCCCCAGCCAGCCAAGAUAGAUCCUGUCCAGCAAUUCGCAAGGCUGCUCCUGGCCACAGCCCGUGAAGAACCGCAGCCAUGGUGCUGCAUUUGGGGUGUGCCUGAGUUCUGUAAAGCAAUAAAA